AUGAGCACAGGGGGCCCAAGCGGAGCCCCGCGAUCGGCUGGCGCGCGGGCGGCUAGCGGAGCAACGGGGACCGCCGGCGGAACCGGCAUCGGCGGAACGGGGAGGGGCACAGCGCCGGGGAAGACUCCGCCGAAACACCCCUUGGCGCGGCGGCUGCGCGGGAAGAAAACCGAGGAAACCCUCGCAAAGGAGAUAGGCGUGGUGAUGGUGCAGCUGGGGAAGCUAGAGCCUGGGGGGGAGCGAAAGGUGUGGCACGUGCUGCGGAAAUACGCCAAGUGCUUUGGCCCCGAGUGCGUUUUAGGCGCUCUGAACGAGCUCAUGCGCCGGAACGACGUGGACCGUACGAUCGAGGCGUUUGAGUGCAUCCGAACCGCCCACUGGUUCGAGCCGGAUCCGAUGCUGUAUGCGCGGAUGAUUGAGGUGCUGGCGCGGAACUCGCGGACUGACACUGCUGCUGCACUCUUUGCCUCCAUGGAUGGCGGCCCUGCUGUGCCCCUCACUGGGGGAAUGGCUAUGCUGGUGGGCUCAGGGGGGGGUGGGGGAGCGGCUGGGAGGGGUGGUGUGAGGGAGGAUGUGAGGAAUGGUGUGAGGGGGAAUAGUUGGGAUUCUGGCAGUGAUGACGAUGAUUUUAGUGGUGAUGACGUGGAUGGGUCGGACGAUGAGCUGGCACGAAACCCAGGGUAUGAUGACGAGGAUGAGGAUGAUCCGGAUGGCGACCGGUGGGGCACGAGCAAGGGGCGGCGGAGGCGACUCAAGAAGAAAGCUGCUGCUGCUGGAGCAGCGUCAAAAGGUUCUUUAGCAGCAGCAGCGCGAGGAGCAGGGGGAGGAAACCGAGUUGGAGGAGGAUCAGGAGGGGCCGAAGGAACAGCGGCAACAGCGUCGGCAGCAGCGUUGGCGCAGUUACCGCGGUUGAAGGCGUGUGUGCGCACGCCGUCGGUGUAUGCAGCGAUGAUCGACGCGUAUGGGCGCCGCCACCAGGCCACGGCUGCCCUCGCCCUACUGCACCAGAUGAAGGCCACCCCGGCCUGUGCUCCAGAUGCUGCGGCUUAUGGGUCGGCAGUGAAGGCACUAUGCCUGGUAGGCCGCACCACGGAGGCGGAGGAUCUCCUAGCGGACAUGGCGCACAGGGGCGUGCUGCCCGACGCCACUCCUCAUGUUGCUCCCCUCUUUACUCACCCCUG